GCGGCGGUCCACAGUAGCUGCUCAGCUCCACAGCCACGGAGCCGAGCGGGUUCGAGCAGUGGCGGCUCGACCCACGGACGCUUUACUAAAACGAGUCUUAGUGCUCGCUUCCGUGCAAGUAAAUGCGAUUAAAGGUCGCUCGGAACCACUCGUAGUAAACAGUUGUGGAGUGGCGUGGAAGGGGUUGGGGGUGCACCGCGUGUGCUAAACUUGCAAGGAGGAGGAAGAAGAAGAAGAGGAGGAGGAGGAGGAAGAGGAGCACGUAAACAACAAGGCCAGCAGAGCAGCCUGGCUUCUCCUCACAUGGCGGUGGCGCAGCGGGAGGGAGGGCGCCGAGUGCCGGGAGAUGCUUGAAUGAGCUCCGUAACAACUUUGAACGGAACACUCUGCGAGGUGGACAACGCGAGUCGUGGGGCCAUGGAGAGCCCGGGGGAAAACACGCCGAGCUGCGAAGACGUGCGGAAGAGCGGCUACCUCCGUAAGCAGAAGUCCAUGCACCGGCGUUACUUCGUGCUCCGGGUGGGCUCGGAGCGCGGCCCGGCCCGUUUGGAGUACUAUGAGAGCGAGAAGAAAUUCCGCGGCAAGGCCCCCGUCCCGAAGAAAGCCGUGGCGCUGGAGACCUGCUUUAACAUUAACAAGCGGGCGGACUCCAAGAACAAGCACAUGAUAGUGCUCUACACCCGGGCUGAGAGCUUCGCCGUCGCCGCUGAGAACGAGGCGGACCAGGAUGAGUGGUACCAGGCCAUGGUGGACCUUCAGUGCAAAAGUAAGAACCCCACAGACGGAGGAGCAGGAGGAGAUUAUGGUGUUCCCAAUCCUGGACCAGCCUUCAAAGAAGUGUGGCAGGUCAAAGUGUGGCCCAAAGGUCUGGGUCAAGCCAAGAAUCUAGUGGGCAUCUACCGCCUCUGCCUGACCGAUAAGACGGUCAACUUUGUCAAGCUGAACUCCGAUGCUGCAGCCGUGGUGCUGCAGCUCAUGAACGUCCGGCGCUGCGGGCAUUCUGAGAACUUUUUCUUCGUUGAGGUGGGCCGCUCCGCCGUGACAGGCCCGGGCGAGUUCUGGAUGCAGGCGGAUGAUUCUGUGGUUGCCCAGAACAUGCACGAAACAUUACUGGAGGCCAUGAAGGCACUCAGUGAGGAGUUUCGCCAGCGAAGUAAAUCUCAGUCCAACUCUGGACCCGGAGGAGGUGCCACAGCGUCCAACCCCAUCAGCGUCCCUUCACGUCGGCACCACUCAAAUCCUCCUCCCAGCCAGGUGGGCUUCACCCGCCGACCCAGAACUGAACCUCCCGGAGGGACUAACGGUGGGACAGGUGUCGGCAGCUCCAGCGCUUCUCCCACCCCUCGUCACGGCUUUCCGAGAUCUCGCACUGCCAGUGAUGGGAGCAAAGUGGAGGAGGGCCUAGUGGGAAACAUGCCGCUUGCAGUGCUUAGCUCCAGUCCGUCCACCAACGGGUCUUGCUCCACCACACCCAUCCUCAGAUCAAAGUCGGCACGCUCAGCCUCCACCUCAACCGCCAAAACUCCUCUUGGUCUGAUGCGUUCUAUCUCCACCCCAGCACCCUCCCCAGCUCCAAGCCUGUCCUCCAGCUCUGGCCACGGGUCAGAGUUUGGGGGUAUAGCAUCUUGUGCUGGUCCUGGGGCAGGAGGUGGCCCCUACAGUCGAGUCCCCAUGCAUAGCACCUCUGUCUCGGGGUCACCCAGUGACUACGGCUCCUCUGAUGAAUAUGGCUCCAGUCCUGGGGAACAGACGCGCCUAGUCUCCCCCAACUUGCCUGGAAGCUCUGUUGGUAGCGUUGGCAGCCAGUCUCUUGGCGAGGAGGGAGCUAAUUACAUUUUAAUGGGCCAGAAUAGCGGCGGCAAUGCCAACAAUCAAAGCGGCAUGACGUCCAGCUCCUUGCCAGCACCUGGAGCAACAGGCUGCGGCUCUUUGCCCCAGACCAGGAGAGUGCUCCGCCGCUCAUCCAGCCGGGAGUGCGAAGCAGAGCGGAAGUUGCUAAGCAAGCGUGCAUCCUUACCACCUAUGGCUUUGGAAAGGCUGGUCCCAUGUCAGCACAGAGGAGACGAACCGGCGGACGAAGAGUCUGCGGACUAUGCUAUUAUGUCCAGGAGCACCAGCCGGGAGUCCUUUUCUUCCACGUCCUCUUCAACGCAGAGGGAAUGCCUCAUGGGUGCUGGGUCAGCAGGGGCUGGGGGAGGGUACUUGGAUGUGGCAGGAGAGUUCAGAGGUGAAACAGGUGGAGUAGCACGUGGCGGUGUGGAUUUAGGAAUGGACAACGGCUACAUGUCUAUGUUGCCAGGGGUCACUCAACCUCCAGUGUCUCUGUCCCAGUCACCAGCUGUUUCCGUCCCAGACUCAGAUCCUAAACCUGCUGAUGACUACAUGGCCAUGACCCCAAACAGCAGCGUGUCCCCGCCACAGCAGAUCCGACAUCCACCCUCCUCAGAUGGCUAUAUGAUCAUGUCACCCAACAGUAGCUGCUCCCCUGAUCAACGUGGAGGUCUCUCUGGCGGUGCUUGGGUGGGCAGUGGUAGUGCAGACAGCAGAGCAGGAAGCGACUACAUGAACAUGUCCCCAAUCAGUACUCGAUCUGUGAAUGGGAGUCCUCCACCUUCAGAACACACCAGUCAAUCGGAGAACAGUUCACACGUCCCCAAGAUGGUGUACUCUUACUAUUCCCUUCCCCGGUCAUACAAACACAACCCUUCCGCCAGACAUUUUGACGAUGGACCAGGACGUGGCAGAAGGCCCAAUGGUGGUAUGGGAUGGGUUGGUGGGAGGACAUUAAGUGGGUGCCAAGAGCAACAAGUGGCGAACAAUUCAAUGGCAGGACGACACCUGUCCCUGUCUUCCUCGUCAUACUCGUCCAGCUCAGCCAGCAGUGAAAGCCUUGGAGAGUGCGAAGACAGAGCAGCAAGCAUCAUUGCUGGGGGGUCCAAAGAGGGGAACAAACUCCAGCAGAGACAAGUCUCUGGUGGGUUGCCAAAACACAGUACCCAUUCACGAAGCAGACCUGUGAGUCUUUUUGUUGACGUAUCCAAGGCUAACACCCUUCCCAGGGUCAGAGAGAAUCCGAUGCUCCCAGAACCUAAGAGCCCCGGGGAAUAUGUCAGUAUUGAGUUUAAGGGGGAGAACAGCAGCCAGGCUGGUGCUGGAGGGGGGCGCGGUAGGGGUCUAAGGCAUGGAUCAUCCAAGUCCCACGGAACAAGCAACCAGCAUCCCCAGCACAGGCCUGUGUCCUGCCUGGGGAACUUUAUUCCCUUAUCCCGCAGCCCCUCAGCCCCCAUUACUCCCCCGGCUCCUUCUGAGUAUGUCAACAUGGACCUGGGCCCUUCUCCUUCCCCUACACACCACACCCCACUGGUUUUCCCUCCGUUCCACACCCCUCCCACUCCUCCAACUCUUACUGUUACUCCCAAAGCCUCUGAUGAAGCAGGUCCUUGUGAAGAGGCAGCUGAAAUGGCUGAGGAACAUCUUAGGAAGAUCCGAGAGAUUGUUCCAGAGUCCGAGUCCCCCACAUCAUGCGGGGACUACACAGUGAUGGCCUUCAGCCUGAACAGCAACACAACUGCAGGGCCAUCAUCCAGCAUCUCUCCCAAAGCUCCUUCCCCGACAAGGACUGAACCCUGUGUUGCAACACGGGGUCUAGACUUUCCUUUAGCCAAAUCGGGGUCCAACCCGGACCACGGAGCUAAAGUUAUCCGUGCCGACCCCCAAGGACGCAGACGACACUGCUCUGAAAGCUUCCUCGCUUCACCGUCCCUCUCCACUUCUGGUUCCACGUCCUCUUCUUCCACGGCCUCGCUCUUCCCAGAACAAGCUGCACCCCGCCGUCAGGGCUUUGAAAGCACGCCAUGGCGCAACGGAUCUGUUCAGGAUAGCCUGAGUCAUUCACCCCUUCCUGGACAGCAGCAGUCCGUUGCCACCAACGCUCAGACGCCCACCACAGAGAAAGGCCUCAAUUACAUAGACUUGGACUUGGCCAACAAAGAGAGCACCCAUUUGGGCCUGGAUGGACCCCCAGGUAACCAGGCUUCUUCUCGCCUUUUCUCUGUCCUGGGUGCCGGCUCUGCCAUCGGAGGAGGAGGAGGGGGUGCGGCAGUUGGCAACGGUAGCAGUUCCAGCAUCAACACGUAUGCCAGCAUCGACUUCUACAAGUCGGAGGAGCUGCGGACACAACAGAACGGAAACAAGGAGGGGACAGAGUGCUGAUGUCAGAGACGUCCUUGGAGGAACGGUGCAGCAGCAAAGCUUCAAAGAUCUCAACUUGUUCCUUUGGUGUUUUUUUUUUUUUUUUUGCUUGGACAUGUCCCCUGGAGCACUUAGAGAUCAAGUGUGGAUUGAUCUUGGUGGUGGUGCAAACCAAGACGGACGUAUGCCAAUUGACAUUCUUGCUGCUUUCAUUCCGUGAGCGGGAGCCAAUCAGAGACGUGUAAAAAGAAGAAGGGAGGCGACUUUUUGUUCCCCCAAGAGGAAAAACCCAUCAAACUGAAAGAGUACUAUUUAGUGUAUGGAGAAGAGAUUACAGUAUGUAGAGCGGUGUAGCUGCAAAAAAGAAAAAAAGUGCCUCUUGCUGAUUUAGACACAGCUUUCCUUUCUUUUUGAGUACAUUUUGGGCUUUUUAAUUCCUUAAUAUGAUGUCUGCAGGCAUCAAUAACAGCGAGUAGCGCCACACACAAUCAUACUAUUUAUGGGAUUAAUGGGCAAGCAAAUGUUUAGCUCUCACAUCAUUUUUUUUUUUUAAACAACAGAUUGAAUGUUUAUCUCAGAACCACCGUUUGCAUUUCAAAACAGAUAGUAUAACUUAUCUUCUAAAGUCAAACAAAAGAAUACAGUCAAAAUGACACAGCUAUUUCACUGUUAGCAUGGCUGCUAGUAGCGUAUUGUUAUGACAUGUUUAUCCCAUUUUCUCUCCUUUAAUUUUCCUCAAAUGUUUUACACACAGCUUUCUUUUCCUUUGAAUACAUUUAGCGAUGUAUAAUUCCUUAAUUUGAUGGUGUUACAGAAAUGUUUGCAGGUAAUAGCAAUAACAGCGAAUAGUGCCGCAUACAAUCAUGUUAAUUUUGGAGUGAAUAGGCAACCAAAUAUUUACAACUCUUACAUCAGAUUUAAAUGUUAAAACAGACCAUUUCAAACCAGAAAGAUACGACCUUAUCUUCUAUAUUGACUCGUGGUUAUAAAAAAAAUAAAUAAAAACUAAUACCCUCAAUAUGACACAGCUAUUCAGCAGCUAGCAAGGCUGUUAGUGUUCCGCUAUUAUUAUGCCAUUUUCUCUCCUUCAUUUUCCCUCAAAUGUUUUCACUGUGUAUUUUUGCCAUAAAAUGAAGCCAUAUACCAAAAUGUAUUUGACAAAUAGUCUGAAAGCACUUGUAGCAGGAAGUGCCGUCGCUAGCUAGCUAGCUAGCUAACUAGCUCACUACAGACAGCUAGCUGUAUUAGCAUCAGAUGAACCAUCCUGCUCACUGCAGUUCAGGUUUAGCCAUUACAGUUGUGCCAUUAACACUAACGCUAUUAGUGUUAUGAGCUCACAUCAACUGUCUGUCAAUCAUUUUUCCUCUCAGGACAAUUAAUAAUGGAUGACACAUCAACGGUGUGAGUACCACUCUAAAGCUAACAGGUAGAAAAGUGAUUUUAAAAGAGGUAAGGAUUACGUGAAAAUACAAAUUUGGCUACUUUUUAUUAAAAAAAUUAAUUGACAAACUUAUUUUAUCCUAUUUUAAUAACCGCAUCAGCACUUAAGUGCCUGUCUGUAUGUUUUGUCUUUGUCUCUUUGACCUAUCGUAGGAGUCGGCACUAAUGGGGGUCAUCAUAGCCGUCUGUUUUUCUGUGUAUAUUUCUCUCUUUUGGAUGACGAUAAUUUCAGGUGACUUUAUGAAUCAGCCAUGGCCCCUAAUGAGAGGACAUUUUGGAUUCAAUUUUGCCGAACUUUGUUGUCAGAAGGGCCACCAGUGCCAAAACUCAUAAAAAAAAGACCCUUCAGCUCGCAACUAUGGAUGUUUUUCUUUGUUUUCAGUAUAACCUUGUGUGCCCCGCCCUUACAACCCAGUUGUUAUUUUUUUUUUGCAGUAUGGGGAAGAACUGUAGCAUAUCUCGCCUUGCUUAUGUGACGCUCUGAGGUAAGAUGUGUGAUGCUUUAACCACCAUGGCUUUGAUCGAGACCAGGCCAUCGACGACCAUGGUGGUUGCAAAUUGUCUUCAUGUGUAUGCCUGCGUGGCUGACAAGUUUACAAAUGAUCACAAAUUAGCGGCGUAGGUGAAUUGGGAUGUUAGCAGCGCAGCAGGUAAACACAUGAAAUGUUUGUAAUGAUGGCUGUAAAGAGUUCUCAGCGCACAGGUACUCAAAAAAAAAAAAAGUAAGCGCACAAAUGUAGUUAGCCAUCAUUUACAAAAGCACCAGGUUUGUUUCACAUCAAAUUGUUUGUCAAAUGUGCUCCAUUGUCUCUUUUUGUGGUACUGACUGAUGUAGACCAUGACAUGUGUUGCUUGACAAAUGGCAAAAAAAGUGACUAAAAGAAUACAAAGCCAAACAACC